GUUUAACAGCCGGGGGACAGUAAAGGGUGACUGAAAAUCCCUUUAAAGAUUUGCAUAGCGAGCUCCUGGAGUUAGACUGACAUCACUUCCUCUGGUCUGGCUAUUUAAACAAAAUCCUUGUAAGGUCCCAGGCGCCUUCAGACCUUCGUUAUAACAGGAGAGGACGAAGGUACCAUCAUUCCCCGCAUCUCUUCCAUCUUCCUACGCGAAAAUCAUUCCAAAUCCUCCCGCUGAUCUUCCAGAUUAUUUUAUCUUUGUAAACUGCCUCUGACACCAAGUCCAAACCAGCUUUCCCCCUCCCUCCCCUCUUCCUAAAAAGAGAGAAUUACCCCCUCAACUGCCAACUCCAUCAACACCCCCGCUCAAGAUGGUCUGCAAGAUUUUUUUGGCCUGGAUUCUGUUCUGUUCCCAGGUGAUCUCCCGACCUCUGUCAUCUGAGCUGGAGAAGGAAGAUGAGAAGGUGACCAGGUGUAUUGUUGAAGUGAUUUCAGAUACACUUUCCAAACCCAACCCAUUGCCAGUCAGCAGUGAAUGCAACAAGGUCCUCAAAGAAGUGUCUCCAUUUGCAGAGGUGACCAGAGAAGGUGCCACCAAGAAAAGUGACAAAAAAUGGAACUACCCGGAGGAAGACAGCAUUGAAUGGAGAGAAGAGGAACGCAUGAACAGGCCACAGAUGUUGGACAAGAAAGGAUUAAGUGCUGAGAGGAGGGAUGAUGUCAGUCACCGAGAAUGGACCGAUGCUAAGAAGGAUGUCCCUUUAAAGAGAGAGGAAGAUCUGGGGGAAUAUGAAGAAAGUGAAGAAGACCUGAAGGAGCAGCAUGAUUAUAAAAUUGGCAAAGAUGACACCAAAGUAGUCCUCCACGAAAGCGAGGAAGAGCUGAGUGAGGACGAAAAGCAAAGUCCUGAGAAGAGGCACCGAGAAUCCUCUGAGGAGGAGGAUCGCUCGUCCAGGGAAGACAAGCAGGAGGACCGCGAUAUCCUCCAGAUAGACGAGCUAAUUGAGAAGAUUGCCAGGGAGGAACUGGAAGAGGAAGAUGGAAAGCGAGCUGAUGAGAAGAAGCAUCACGUCAAAGAGUACAGCUCGGAGGAGGAAGAGGAGGACUAUAGGAAGAGGAGUGAGGAAGCUCCGGCCCAUGUGACGAAGCGAGUGGAGGAAAAUGCCAGCGAUGAAGAAACUGAUCAGUUUGAAACUGAGGAAAAGGGAGUCAAGGUCUUCGAUUCCAAGAGCCAUCUGCAUGAGACUGAUGACAAACGUUCCCUAGAGAAGAAAGCACAGGAUGAAAAGAGACACCAUUUUCUGGAAGAAGGUAUGGGUUUGAAGAGGCAUGAUGAUGAGCUUGAUUACCUGGAGGAGAGGCAUCAUGGUAUUGCAGACAGUGAAGAGGUGGAGGAAGACGAGAGGGAGGAGGAAAGGAAACUGAACUAUGAGGAACGCAGGCUGAAGAGCCUCGUGGCGAUCGAGAAGGAGCUGAAGAGCGUGGCGGAGAAGCUGAGGGAGAUCCGGAAAGGUUAAGGUGAAGAACUGAAACCCUGCGCCUUUCUCAGUCAGUCACACGCUUCACCGGUCAACGUUCCCUCCUGUAUCCCAGCGGCGAUGUACUGUUAUCCGUCUCCAGGCUUGCAGCUGCCAGGGUGGGGUGCAGUGGUGCAUGCUGCAGUCAAACAGCCUUCUGUUCCUUGUUUACAUUGGCAGUGUCACCCACUCAUGAACAGGGGUUGGAUUUGCAGAUAAGUUAAAUUUAAAAGCCACUCCUAGAAUCACCAGGUAAAAUUUUCCUUCCCUAUAGGACAUUAGUGACCCCCAGACGGGCUCUGGCCCCAACAAUUAUGAGCCCAGGUGUUUUGUUUUUACCUGAAUUCAAAUUCUACGGCCUGCCCAUGAUAGGGUUCAAAUCCAGUCCCCCUAGGAUGUUACUGGGGUCUCUAGACUCCUGGAGAUGUACAGCACAGAAACAGACCCUUUGGUCCAACUCGUUCGUGCUGACCGGAAGUCCUAAAUUAAUCUCG